UCAGCCGGGGCCGGGAUGGAGGCGCGGGGGAGGGGAGCGCGCCCUGGGGGAGGGGGCGGCCGGUGGGGCCUCGGCCCGGGAGGAAGGGAGUGGGCUGGGGCCGCAGACGCCGGGGCCUGCCGCGGGCCUCCGGGAGCCGCCCUGCCGCUCCCCGGGCUCGCUCGUCCCCUCGCCCCAGCGCCUCUGGCCGCGGCCUCCGUCAAGUCGGCCCCCUUCUGUCUCCAGUCCACCAGAAUCAUCAAAGGCAGUGAGGACUUCAGCUCUUCAGUUCAGGAGGCAAAACCUUCAACUGAGGAUUUGGGGGAUAAGAAGGAAGGAGAAUACAUAAAACUGAAAGUCAUUGGACAGGAUAGCAGUGAGAUUCACUUCAAAGUGAAAAUGACAACACAUCUCAAGAAACUUAAAGAAUCAUACUGUCAAAGACAGGGAGUUCCAAUGAAUUCACUCAGGUUUCUCUUUGAAGGUCAGAGAAUUGCUGAUAAUCACACUCCAAAAGAACUGGGGAUGGAGGAAGAAGAUGUGAUUGAAGUUUAUCAGGAACAAACAGGGGGUCAUUCAACGAUUUAGAUAUUCUUUUUAUUUUUUUUUCUUUUCCCUCAAUCCUUUUUUAUUUUUAAAAAUAGUUCUUUUGUAAUGUGGUGUUCGACACGGAAUUGAAAACUGGCACCCUGCCUCUUUAAAACAUCUGGUAAUUUGAAUUCUAGUGCCCAUUAUUCAUUAUCGUUUGUUUUCAUUGUGCUGAUUUUUGGUGAUCAAACCUCAGCCCCCUUCAUAUUGACCUCUCCUUUUUAAAAAUUACAUGUGUGCACAGAGAGGCCACCUUUUCCAGGACUGUGCAUUUUCAGGCUUGUGAUAAAUAAGACCGACCAAUGCGAGUAUUCAUAAUGACUUUCCAAUUGGCCCUGAAGUUCUAGCAUGUGAUUGCUUCACUCCUGGACUAUGACUUUCAGUGGGAGAUGGAAGUUUUUCAGAGAACUGAACUGUGGAAAAAUGACCUUUCCUUAACUUGAAGCUACAUUUAAAAUCUGAGGGUCUGGACCAAAAGAAGAAGAUCAGGUUGGAGUCAAGAUGAUAGAGAUGGUGAGAGUAAUGACUGACUCCAAAGAUGGCUUCACUGAAGAGAAAGCAUUGUAAGAUUAAAGAAAAAUCUUGACAGAAGAUCCCAGAAAAGUUCUAAUUUUCAUUAGCAGUUAAUAAAGUUAUUCAUGCAGACGUGUAUAUGACAGAACACUGCUCUUUUUGAUUUUAUUUGUACUUUUUGGCCUGGGAUAUGGGUUUUAAAUGGACAUUGUCUGUACCAGCUUCAUUAAAAUAAACAAAAUAUUUGUAAAAACUGUA